AGAGUGGGUUAAGGACCUAAAUAAAACACAAAGCAUGCGCCCAAACCAGACACACACGCCCAGCCUGGGUGCUUCAACCCAUGCCUCAGUUUCCCAAUCUGACGCGUGGGCAUCUGUCUCCCGCCACGCCCGCCCCUGCCCGUUGACAAGCACCCCUCUGUUUGGUCCCCGCGAGACCCAGGGAUGCAGCCCCAGGCGGGGUCCAGCCCGAACACAGAACAGGGAGCAGAGCCAAGAUCUCAGAGAAGGGAAAGGAGACAAGGCUCCGGGCCCCCGCGGAACGAGCCUGGACAUGCUGGGCGCUCCCAGGGUGAAGGUGGGUCCUGACCCGCCCCUCCUCAGCUUCCUAUAAGGGCUGGGGACCAGGACUGCAGGUUCACACACCAUGAGUCCCUCCACCCUCCUGCUGGCCUCCGCGCUGCUCUGCACCCUGCUGGGUCUCGGGUGCCCGCUAAGCUGUGAGAUGUGCAGGGCCUCCGGACCCACGUGCAGCGGGAAGACGAAGACUUGCGAGGCCGGCAAGGACGCAUGCGUGAUCGUCGUGGGGGAGUCCAGCACGAAGGGCCGCCACUCAGUGAACACCUACAAGGGCUGCAUGAAGUUCAGUGACUGCUACUCGGGUUUCGUCUCCACCACCACGGGCUCCCAGGACUACAUGGUGUCCACCACGUUCUGCUGCCAGAGCGACGGCUGCAACCAAGGCUCCGUGCCCCCUCCCCAGAACAAUCGUACUGAGAACGGCCUCCACUGCCCUGCCUGCCUCGUACCCUUCCAGGAGACAUGCCUGGGGACCCAGGCAGCCCGCUGUGUUGGCCAGGAAACCCACUGCGUCUACUUCGCUGGCAACGUGCAGGCUGGUAUAAUCAACGCCAAAUUUGCUACCCGGGGCUGUGCUACAGAGAGUGCCUGCUACGCCAAGGCUGGGGCCCAGGUGCCCUCAGCCUCCUAUCUCUACUUCCUCCGCCGAGCUGACUGCCUUCCUGCCCCCCGGCCCCCUGGCAGGGCUGAGUGAAGAACUGAGGAACAUGUGGCUUGUGGUCUCCAUUAGUCCUUGGCCUGCAGCUCCCCAUGUGCCUAUAAAUUAAAAAGGUUAACAAAGCAAGCCUAAGUC